GCCUAUGCCGAUCCUUUCUCAAGACGGUGCAGAGCUCAGGUACCAGCUCGCCAGCUGACACUACCUUGGAAAGCUACAGCCACAUACUGGUGUAUUUGACACAUUCAAGCAGAUUGGCAACGCUUUCCAAGGCGCCUGAAAGGGAUCCCAAAGCAUUGAGCAAUGCGCUCAGCUUUGGAUUUGGUGUUGUCUGUGAUUGCGCAGCAGCUGAUGGUUCUUUUCGGAGUCGGAAAGCAGAGCUUGCAAGCUACAAUGACACAGUUGGCGUUCGAAGGGACGCUGAUUGUCAUGAAGCCGACCUUCAAUGUCUUCAUCACCAUGAAUCCAGGCUAUGCGGGUCGCGCUGAGCUCCCCGACAACCUGGCCGCCUUGUUCAGACCCGUGGCGAUGAUGGUUUCCGACCAUGCCUUGAUCGGCGAGAUCACGUUCUAUGCCUACGGAUUUACGGACGCCAAGGUGUUGGCAAAAAAGAUGAUGACGACGUUUACUCUUUUGUCUGAGCAGCUCUCUUCGUUCCAUUACGACUACGGCAUGCCUGCUGUCAAGAGUACCAUCGAAAUGUGUGGUAAACUGAAGUGAGAGGUAGGUGACCUACCAGAAGACAUCACUCUGCGGAUGUGAAGGAUGAUCUGCCUCUUUUCCAGUAUAUGAAAUAUCUACAUCUCAGGCCUGUUCCCUGAAACAGACCGGCCUGUCGGCCUGUGGAGUAUGGCAACCUGACUCCGGUGAUGGAAGCUUGUGGAAAGGAUCCGAAGGACAUGCAACUCACCGAGAACUUCACCAAGGUCCAGCUGAAGUCCAGCUGAACACCGUGCUGGACGACAACAAAAAGCUCUGUCUCACUUCCGGUGAGAUCAUCUCGCUGACGCCACAGAUGAGGAUGGUCAAGUGGAAGACUUGUCGCUUGCCUCGUGGGACCUCCUGCUCUUGGCAAUGAGCCACUGGUUCAGAGAUGGGCGAGAAACUCAAAGAGCUCUGGUGCUACGUGUGACAACAAGGGGCGACAGAUCGUGAACGACAAGCUCUGGGAGAUGGUGAAAGAGAAAAGAGUGGAGGUGGGCGGCCUGGAGAGCAGCAUGGUCUGGUAGCUCUGGUAGCUCUGGUAUGACUACAUCUACGAGAUGGAGGCGCUUUACAGUGGCAAGCAGCAGAUGACUUUGGAGGAUUCAAAGUUUUGGAGAUGAAGAAGAGAUACGAAAGGUCUACUACAAAGAAGUGGAAGGUCUAUUAGAGAAAGUGCUGCAGAAAGCAGGAGAAAAGGUCGAACGAGUCGUUGCCUUUGACCAUACGAUUCGUUGCAGCAGCGCAAGUGGACUGAACACGUUGGGUGCAGCGAAUGUGGCAUGCCGACUAUAACGAAACUUCUGCGCCCAAGAAAUUGCAAAAUUUGGCAGCUGUGAUUUGUUUUGGGCAUAUUUUGGCUGGUUCAGUUAUAGCAUUUGACGAUAUGUACAUAUCUGAUGUGAAAGUUGGUGCCAAAUCAUUCAUUAUAUAAUAUUGCCAAAAUUAUAUAAUCCAAAUAGAUCCAAAAUACUGCUCAAAUACUGUAUAGGGCUUCAACAUGCUUGUCGAUAACUCAUUGUCAUCCCCAGUUUUGCCAACUCGACCUUCAGCGAGGCAGAGAAGCCUGGAUACACUGGUGUGCAAUUGCCAGCAAAAGAAGUUGAGAAGGUCUCUUGUUGCAAAUGAUUUCUUUGCCUUUAGGGAUCUUUUAAGGUAGCCUUGACAAACUUGAUGCUGCGUGUUUGAAGCCUAAGAGUAAACAUUUUUUGGAGCAUAGUCACUCUCCUUCGUCGAAGUUUGGAAGCAAGAUGCUUGGAGUGUAGUGCAAGAAUUUCCAGCCAAUGAAUUCAAUGUAUGUUUUACAAUUCUUUACAUGACAUGUUUCAAGCUGAUUUAGCCUUUGGAAUUGGUUCUUUCAACGGCAAGAGCUUCAGUUGUGGGUUCCAAAGAUGACCCAUUCUUUACUAUGGGGAGAUAUUGUCCUCCGGACAAAGAUUCGCCUUCAUCAACGUGUGAGGGAACAUAUCCUGCCUUCAACUAUCCUUUGUCUCUACUGGACCCGCGGAUUGUGGAUGAAAGAGAUUGGGUCACCUAUGAGAUGGUCUACCCAGAUCGCCUGGGUAGUAGACUGUUUUUGUCCAAUCGAAGUGCCUCAUCUCACAAGUGGUACUAGUAUCCAGAGAUGCAGAAAAAUGAAUGCUUGAUCUUUAGCUGCUUCUUGGCCGGAAAGGAGCGGG